AUGAACUCAAUACAUCGCCAGUUUGGCAAGCUGGUGAGCAAGGGCGCGGGGGAUAAUGCGAAAGUCUCAGUUCUGCUCAGCGAUUAUGAGGAUGCUGAUAAAGCUCUCACGAAGAUUAUCGAAGCCUCGAAAGCCUGGAGAGAUGCGUGGGUUUCUAUCCUCACUAUUCAACUGGCGCUUGCGACUGGAUUCGAAGAAAUGUACAAUCCCAUUGUUGGGACGAGCGAUGUACACCGUGACAAUCCUGCCCUUACUCCGCAGGUACAACUCGAUCGGACAGCCAAAUUAAGGGAGGAAAUGGCAGAAUUGAAGACGGAUUUAAUGGAUGAAGUUAUCAUGAUGGACUCUCGUGUGAUAGGGCCAGCCACAGAUGCUAAGGAAUUCAUACAACCCAUACGGAAAACGAUCAAGAAACGGGAGAACAAGAGGCUGGAUUGGGAACGAUAUAUUGACAGAGUCAAUAAUGCAUCCAAAAAAACGAAAAGAAGCGAACGUGAGAACGCUGCUCUAGCGAAGGCAGAGCAGGAACUAGCGAAAGCAUCGGAUGCAUUUAAAGUUGCAGAUGAUCACCUUCGAGAGACCCUCCCCCCUAUAAUAUCCGCUACUUUCUCCCUCCUCCCGCACCUACUCAAUGUACAAAUCAUGAUCCAGAAUAGCCUUCUGGCUCAGUACUACACAACCCUCCACAGAUAUUCCGAAGCUAUGGGAUUUCAAUCACCCCCACCUCCUAUGGUCGAUGUUAUAGCAAUAUGGGAUGGCAAUUUCAAACCUGUGCAGCAGCAAGCAGAGAGCUUGACUUGUAUUGCCAAGGGCAAGGCUGUCCACCAACCCAUGUCGCCUGAGGAUGACCGUGGACGAAAGCCAUCUUCUAGCCUGAAUGUCCGCAGCGCUUUUCCAACCAGGCGUCCCUCCUCCCAAAACACAGCUAGCGACGCUGUCUCCCCCAACCCAGAGUCGCGCGUGAGGCGGAUCCCAUCUUCGAAUCCAAUUGCUGUCGCGAGCCCUCAUCUCUCGCCCUUGCCACAACCAACAUUGUCUUAUAACCCCAGUCACUCUUCCGCCUCUCGUCCCUCAUCUUCCUAUUCGGCGCACUCCUCGGCUGGGCCCACCGGGGAUUAUUUCCAGCGCGCCGCGAUCGCGAAGAAGAAACCGCCUCCCCCACCCCCCAAACGCAUUGGAUCAAACAACCUCGCCUUAUAUGCCGUAGCUCUAUAUUCAUUCGACGGCCAAGGACAAGGCGAUUUAAGUUUCAAGGAACAUGAUCGCAUCAGGGUUAUCAAGAAAACGGACAGCACGGAUGAUUGGUGGGAAGGCGAACUCAGGGGCGUCAAGGGAAGUUUCCCCGCCAAUUAUUGUAAGAUUACUUGA